GUUUCUCCUAAUCAUUUUCCUAUAAAAGUUAUGCAUUUGUUUUAAAGGAAUGAAAAGAUAUUUUUGUAAAAAAUAUAUAAUGUGAUUUUUAGAAACAAAAUACAAAAGUUGAUUUCAGUCUAAAAAUUAAGAAAUGUCUAGUCGUGUUCACGCAAAUAUAGAUAUGGUCUUUUAGUAACAUUUGGUUCUUCCAACUUACACUCAGAGUUCUGUCCCGCACUCUCAUAUUGUAGCAGCAAUUUUGGCAGCCAUGUUCAUGGUGGCUAAAUCCUCACCAAACUUAUUCUCAGUCUCACCGACUCAAGACCAUGACUGUAAGACAGACUUGCUAAGAUCCUCAACUGCUUCUCUUCCAUUCCAAUUGUCCCCAAGAAGCUACUUGCCAUCUCUCAAUUCAGCCUCUUCUUUUCCCGUAAUCCGAUCAUCUGCUUCGGCUGCUAAAGUCGUCAGCCAUGAAAUUAAGAUGAGCUAUUUAUGUAAAGUGGGUAACCUGAAAAAGGCCAUGGAGUUGCUUUGCGGGUCCCAAAAAUCAGAGCUCGAGUUAAAGACUUACUGCGAUGUUUUAGAGCUCUGUGCAGAGAAAAAAUCAUUACAAGAUGGAAGAAAGGUCCACUCUUUUAUUUGUGAGAGUGGGGUACCUGUUGAUGGGCAUUUGGGUGCAAAACUUGUCUUUAUGUACGUAACUUGUAGAGAUUUACGAGAAGCAAGACGGGUUUUCGAUAUUAUUUGCAGUGACAGGGUUUUCCUUUGGAAUCUUAUGAUAAAUGAGUAUGCAAAGAUUCGUAAUCAUAAGGAGAGUGUAAAUUUGUUUAUGAUGAUGCAACAGUUGGGUGUUCAAGCAAAUUCCCAUACAUUGUCUUGUAUUUUGAAGUGCUUUGCAGCCUUAAGAAACGUAAAAGAAGGCAAAAGGGUUCAUGCAUAUAUUUGUAAAAUGGGUUUUGUUUCUCACAACACGGUUAUGAAUUCUUUGAUUGCUUUUUACUUUAAAAAUGGGAACGUUGAAAGUGCACAGAAGGUGUUUGAUGAAUUGCUUGAUAGAGAUGUUAUAUCCUGGAAUUCUAUGAUUAGUGGGUAUGCGGCUAAUGAUAUGGGGGAGAAGGGAGUUGAAAUUUUCACACAGAUGAUUUGUUUGGGUAUUGAUGUGGAUUUGGCCACAUUAGUGAACGUUCUAGUGGCUUGUGCAGAUAUUGGAACUAGUUGGCUGGGAAGAGCCAUCCAUGGCUAUGCGAUAAAAGCUUGUUUUCAUAGGGAAAUCAUGUUUUGCAAUACUUUACUUGACAUGUAUUCAAAAUGUGGGGACAUGAGUGCUGCAGUUCAAGUUUUUAAGAAGAUUGGCAAAAAAAGUGUGGUGUCAUGGACUUCAAUGAUGGCAGGUUACGUCCGAGAAGGUCUUUCAGAUGAUGCUAUCGAAAUAUUCUAUGAAAUGCAAACAAAUGGAAUUAGCCCAGAUAUCUUUACUGUUACGAGCAUACUUCAUGCUUGUGCUUGUAGCGGAUCACUGGAUGAUGGAAAAGUUAUUCACAAUUACAUUAGAGAGAAUGAUAUGGAUUCAGAUUUGUUUGUCUGUAAUGCGCUAAUGGAUAUGUAUGCCAAAUGUGGAAGCAUGGAAGAUGCUCACAUGGUUUUCUCUCAUAUGCCUACAAAGGACAUUGUCUCAUGGAAUACCAUGAUCGGAGGUUACUCCAAAAACUGUCUUCCAAAUGAAGCUCUCGAAUUAUUUUCUGAGAUGCAACAUCAUUUAAAGCCUGACAGUAGAACAGUAGCAUGUAUCCUUCCUGCUUGUGCUAGCUUAGCAGCUCUAGACAAGGGCCGCGAGAUCCAUAGUCACAUAAUAAGAAAUGGCUAUUUCCAAGAUCGAAUUGUUGCUAAUGCACUUGUUGACAUGUAUGUAAAGUCUGGGCUGUUAGUACUUGGACAAUUACUUUUUGAUAUGAUUCCUCAAAAGGACCUGUUCUCAUGGACUGUGAUGAUCUCUGGAUACGGGAUGCAUGGAUUUGGCAAGGAAGCUAUUGCUGCCUUUGCUGAAAUGAGAAAUUCAGGAAUUGAACCUGAUGCGGUUUCCUUCAUAUCUAUACUUUAUGCUUGCAGUCAUUCAGGAUUACUUGAUGAGGGGCGGAAGUUUUUCAAUAUUAUGAGAAAUGAAUGCAACAUUGAGCCAAUGUUGGAACAUUAUGCAUGUAUUGUAGAUCUUUAUUCCCGAACUGGGAAUUUAUCAAUGGCUUAUAAGUUUAUUAAAACUAUGCCAAUUAAACCAGAUGCCACAAUCUGGGGUGCUUUGCUUUGUGGGUGUAGGACCUACCAUGAUGUUAAACUAGCAGAGAAAGUUGCAGAACGGGUUUUUGAACUAGAGCCUGAGAAUACAGGUUAUUAUGUUCUUCUUGCCAAUAUAUAUGCUGAGGCAGAAAAGUGGGAGGAAGUGAGGAAGCUAAGAAUGAAAAUUGGUAGGAAAAGGCUAAAGAAGAAUCCAGGCUGUAGUUGGAUAGAGAUCAGAGGCAAAGUUAAUAUAUUCUUCUCCUCUGGUGAUUCACAACCGCUGGCAAAACAGAUUGAGUCACUACUGAAGAUGCUAAGAGCGAGAAUGAAGGAAGAAAAUUACUUUCCCAAACUGAAGUAUGCCUUGAUUAAUGCAGAUGACAUGGAGAAAGAGAUUGCACUCUGUGGGCACAGUGAGAAAUUAGCUAUGGCUUUCGGAAUACUGAGCUUGCCACCCGGAAAAACCAUAAGAGUCACCAAAAAUCUUAGAGUUUGUGUGGACUGUCAUGAGAUGGCUAAGUUCAUUUCCAAAACAUCUGGGAGAGCAAUAAUCUUGAGAGAUUCUAAUCGUUUUCACCGUUUUGAAAAUGGGUGUUGCUCUUGCAGAGGUUUUUGGUAAAUUUAGAAAUGAGAGUUUAUUCGAAUAUAGGUGAAUAUGUUAGUUUGGUCAUUUGUUUAUUUGUUACAGGUAGUCACAAUUUGUCACCUCUAACCAUUUUCUGUUAUUACUUUAUUGGUUUUUAUUAUCUUAAAGGCCCAUUCUCUUGUGUA